AGGCGCCAUUUUGGCCGUAGAGGUGCUUCUGGGAAGUAGUGCGCUGACCUACACACCUUGCCAGCCUGCCGGGUAUGGCCUCUUCUGCCGGGGCUUUCUAGGUCGAAGUGUUCGCGUCUGCAGCUGUUGCUGCCUUACUCUCCGCAGCCUCCAAGGCCUCUAGUCGGGCGGGAGCCUCUGAGCACCGCGCCGUGCCGUCGGUGGUCACAGCGCCGGGAAGGAGGUGACAGGGGCGGCGCGGGGCGCAGACACUCCCCGCCGAGAGCCGCCUGCCAUGGACUCGGAAUAUUACAGCGGCGACCAGUCAGCAGAUGAUGGUGGCGCUACCCCAGUACAGGAUGAACGGGAUUCAGGGUCAGACGUUGAGGAGGAUGUAAAUGAGCAGCACUCUGGAUCAGACCCUGGAAGUGUAGAGCGUCAUUCAGAGAAUGAACCUAGUGAUCGAGAAGGUGGCCUCAACAAAAGACAUCAUGUGACAGACUCUGAGAAUGAUGACCCCUCAAAUCUUAAUGCCAGUGACUCUGAAAGUGAGGAGCUUCAAAGGCAAAAAGACAGUGACUCUGAAUCGGAAGAGCACGCGGAGCCUCCUGCGAGUGAUUCCGAAAACGAGGGCAUCAGUCACCAUGGGAGCGACUCUGAGAAUGAGGGGACCAGGAAGUUACCUGUGAGUGACUCUGAAAAUGAGCAGCUGCUUAAUGGGCACGCGAGUGACUCAGAAAAUGAAGACGUUAGGAAGCCUCCUGCCAGUGAUUCAGAGGUUGAAGAGCUCCCCAAAAGUCCUGCCAGUUACUCGGAAGCAGAGGAUGCGCUAAAACCUCAAGUCAGCGACUCUGAGAGUGAGGAGCCCCCAAGACACCAAGCCAGUGACUCUGAAAACGAGGAGCUUCCCAAACCUCGCAUUAGUGACUCGGAAAGUGAGGAGCUUCCCAAGCCUCGGAUCAGUGACUCAGAAAGUGAGGGGCCUCAGAGGACUCAAGCCAGUGACUCGGAAACUGAGGAGCUUCCCAAACCCCGGAUCAGUGACUCAGAAAGCGAGGACCCGCCAAGGCACCAAGCCAGUGACUCGGAAACUGAGGAGCUUCCCAAACCCCGUGUCAGUGACUCAGAAAGCGAGGAUCCCCCAAGGCACCAGGCCAGUGACUCGGAAACUGAGGAGCUUCCCAAACCCCAAGUCAGUGACUCUGAGAGCGAGGAGCCUCAGAAGGGACCUGCCAGCGACUCCGAAGCUGAGGGUGCCUCCAGACACAAACCAAAGCCGGGCUCUGAGGAGGACAGCGACGGGGAGAGCAAGAGAGAGGACACAGAAGUGCAGAGCGACCCCUUUCGUGCAGAUGCCCAUGCAGACAGGAAGCGGUUCAGCAGUUCUGACAGCGAGGAGGGAGAACCAGAAAGGCCCAAGAUUGGCAGUGACGAGGAUGAAGAAAAAGAGGGGGCGGAGGAGAAGGUAGCGAAGCGAAAAGCUGCCGUGCUUUCUGAUAGUGACGAUGAAGAGAAAGCAUCAGCAAAGAAGAGUCGUGUUGUCUCUGAUGCAGAUGACUCUGACAGUGAUGUUAUAUCAGACAAAUCAGGCAAAAGAGAGAAGACGAUAGCAUCUGACAGUGAAGAAGAAGCAGGGAAAGAGUUGUCUGAUAAGAAAAAUGAAGAGAAGGACCUGUUUGGGAGUGAUAGUGAGUCAGGGAAUGAAGAAGAAAAUCUUAUUGCAGACAUAUUUGGAGAAUCUGGUGAUGAGGAGGAGGAAGAAUUUACCGGUUUUAACCAAGAAGAUUUGGAAGAAGAAAAAAGUGAAACACAGGUAAAAGAAGCAGAAGAUUCGGAUUCUGAUGAUAACAUAAAGAGAGGAAAACACAUGGACUUUCUGUCGGACUUUGAGAUGAUGUUGCAGCGGAAAAAGAGCCUGAGUGGCAAGCGCAGGCGUAACCGUGAUGGUGGUACUUUUAUUAGUGAUGCUGACGACGUUGUGAGCGCCAUGAUCGUCAAGAUGAAUGAAGCUGCUGAGGAAGACAGACAGUUGAAUAAUCAAAAAAAGCCAGCACUGAAAAAAUUAACAUUAUUACCUACUGUGGUCAUGCACCUUAAGAAGCAGGACCUUAAAGAAACAUUUAUUGACAGUGGUGUGAUGUCUGCCAUCAAAGAAUGGCUCUCCCCUCUACCAGAUAGGAGUUUGCCGGCACUAAAGAUUCGAGAAGAGCUGCUGAAGAUUCUGCAAGAGCUACCUAGUGUGAGCCAGGAGACCCUGAAGCAUAGUGGGAUUGGACGAGCAGUGAUGUAUCUCUAUAAACACCCCAAGGAAUCAAGGUCCAACAAGGACAUGGCAGGGAAAUUAAUCAAUGAAUGGUCCCGGCCUAUAUUUGGUCUUACCUCAAACUACAAAGGAAUGACAAGAGAAGAAAGGGAGCAGAGAGACCUAGAGCAGAUGCCUCAACGGCGACGAAUGAACAGCACUGGUGGUCAGACACCCCGAAGAGAUUUGGAAAAGGUGCUGACAGGAGAGGAAAAGGCUCUUAGACCUGGAGAUCCUGGAUUCUGUGCCCGGGCAAGGGUCCCCAUGCCCUCGAACAAGGACUAUGUUGUCAGGCCCAAGUGGAACGUGGAAAUGGAGUCAUCCAGGUUUCAGGGGACCUCCAAGAAGGGUAUCAGUCGACUGGAUAAACAGAUGAGAAAGUUCACAGACAUCAGGAAAAAAAGCAGAUCUGCACACGCAGUAAAAAUCAGCAUCGAGGGCAAUAAAAUGCCCUUGUGACUGCCUGGGAGGUUCCCUAUCUCUGCUCUUAAGAAAUGCGCGAUGGACUCUUUGGCGAAAGAUGAUAUUUUAAAAACUUUUUUAGUGUACUUGUAAAUGAUUCAGCUUGUAUCAAAUGUUGUCAUAGGACUUGCAUUUCUCUCAGUUAUAUUUAAAACCAUUUGUUGUGCACUUUGUACAGAAGAAUACUAGUCAUACUUCUAUCAACUUUACACAAUAAAAUUCCAUUCUGGUUUUGGGGGGCUGUCUCUUCAUUGUCUUCGAGGAUGCAUUCUCCAUGGGGGUGAAAAUUGGUCCUUGGUGAGUGCAGAAAACUUUUAGAUAUUACAGUGGUUUGUGGCCCUUCGGAGUUCAGCCUGCCUAACUGUGGUGUGGUUUGUCUGGUCGUUACCCUUGGUUCCUGACGAUGAGCUUCUGCAACCCUUGGGAUUCCUGGGUGCUAGGAAUGUCUUUGUGAUGCGAAUGAGGUGGGUCAUGAAAGGCCCCUGGAUAGCUUUAGGAUGGGGGCUGGUCACCAGAAAGGACCUACCACGUAAUUAGAGGGUCAGGACUUUGGGCAGGCCUCAUGGGCUGGGGGCUGGGGGGUGCUGGAGAUUGACGUAGUCAUGUUGCCCGGUGAUGUAAUCAGUCGUGUCUAAAUAGGGAAGCCCAGCUAAAGACUCUGGACACUGAGGCUCUGAUUGGUGAACACACUAAUGUGCUGAAAUGGUGAUGGACCUUGAUUCCACAGAGAAAGGGUGCAGAAGCUCUGUGUUUCCUCCCAGACCUCGCCUCACCCUGUGUGUGUCUUCAUUUGGCUGGUACUCCUCAUUUGAAUCCUUUACAAUAAAACUAAUUUUAAGCACA